AUGUCGGGUUAUGCCAAGUUCAUGAAGAAGUUAUUCACCAAGAAAAGAAGCUUCGACUUUGAAACAAUUGAAGUCUCACAUAGUUGUAGUGCAAUUAUAACUAACGAGAAAAUAAAAAAGAAGGAAGAUCCCGGAGCCUUCACCAUUCCUUGCACUAUUGGUAUGCUCAAAUUCGCCAAGGCUCUAUGUGAUUUGGGAGCAAUUAUAAAACUAAUGCUAUACGCAAUCUAUAAGCAACUUGGAUUAGGUGAACCAAAGUCCACAACAAUGAGGCUUUUGAUGGCAGAUCGAUCUAUCAAGCACCCUGUAGGGAUACAAUAUGAUAUCUUGGUUAAAGUUGGCCGAUUCAUUUCCCCGAAUGAUGUUUUCAUCCUCGAUUGGGAAAUAGAUGCUGAAAUUCUCAUCCUUUUGGGAAGACCAUUCUUGGCAACCUGA